GUAGACAUUGUUUAGCGGGAAAAUAACCUUGUUAUGUGCUACACGUGUAUUAUUAUAGAUAAAAGUUUUUAAUUCCUCGAUCAUUAUCAUAGUGGUAAUUUAUUCCAAAUUAUCAAUAUGCUUCAAGAUUAUUUGUUAAAGUAUCACACGAAAGACUUGGAAAAGAUAUUAAAUGCUGCAGAGGAUCAUUUGUUCUAUUCAAUAUAUGUAAACUUUGUGUCGUUAUUUGAUGCUGAUGCAGAGAAGGCACAGAAAAUCCUAAACAAUCCUAGACAUUAUUUACCAUUGUGUGAGGAGGCUGCAGUAAAAGCUCAGAAACAGUUAUGUAAAAUAGUUCAACAAACAGUAAAAACCAGAGUUCACAUUAGAAUUACUGCAGUACCGAUAAAACUUGAUACAGGUCAAAUUGGUCAGUUAGUUUCAACAUCUGGAAUUGUAGUACGCAUGUCUCAGCCUACAGUUAUAAAGUUAAAAAAGCGUUUUGUCUGUAAAAAAUGCAAACAUGUCAAUAUAGCCAAGCUAGAAUGGGAAAGGCGAUUAUUUGGAAAUAUUAAGUGUUGCGAAUCGUGUCAUUCGGAAGGUUUAAAAGCAGUAACAUCCUUGGAACAAGAUGAUUGUUCAGACUAUCAAGAAAUGAAAAUUCAGGACAAAUGUAAAACAGAUACAAGAAGCUGCUAUGCUGUGGGCCUACAAGUAAUUUUGUUAGAUGAUCUUAUUGACAAAUGUAGACCUGGAGAUAACAUAGAUGUCAGUGGAGUGAUUAUACGAAAAUGGGACAAACUAAAAGCUGGCUGUCGUGCAGAAGCCACACCAUUCUUAAUGGCAAAUAGCAUUUUUAUACGCAAGAAAAUUUCAGAAGCAACGUUCUCCACUGCAGGAAUAAAAGACACUUUUACAACGUACUGGGAACAUUAUCGAGAUAAUCCGUUAACUGGCAGAGAUAAUAUUCUCGCUUCUAUUUGUCCUCAGUUGUAUGGUAUGUAUCUCGCAAAAUUAGCGUUGUCCGUUGUUUUGUGUGGAGGUGUCGCAAAAACUAACGAAACAGGAACACGUGUAAGAGGUGAACCGCAUCUUCUUCUAAUUGGAGAUCCUGGCACUGGCAAAUCGCAGUUGCUUCGUACUGCGUCUCGACUAAUUACACGGUCCGUCUUUACAACCGGCAUUGGUACUACUGCUGCUGGACUUACGGCAGCCGCUGUCAAAGAUUCAGAUGGAUGGCAUUUAGAAGCUGGCGCUUUAGUGCUCGCAGAUGGAGGUGUAUGUUGUGUGGAUGAGUUCGCAACAAUGAGUUCGCAUGAUAGAACUUCUGUACAUGAAGCAAUGGAACAACAAACAAUCUCUAUAGCAAAAGCUGGCAUGGUGAGCACAUUGAAUAGUCGCUGUUCCGUCAUUGCUGCUACCAAUCCGGACGGUGGAUGUUUCUCAGGUGAUGAAUGGAAAACCUGUUUAGGAAAUCCCCUUCUGUCGCGCUUCGAUCUGAUCCUUCUUCUGAGAGAUACUAGAAAUCCUGAAUGGGACAGAAUGACAUCGGAUCAUAUUUUGAAAGCUGCUAGUGAAGAUGAAGAAGAUAAUUCAUAUUCCGAAAUAUUCAUGGGUCCUGCAAAUAUAACAGGUUUGUGGAUGGAAGAAACUCUAUGUGAAUAUUUUGCACACGUGCGUACAUUUAAGCCAGAGCUAACAGAAGGAGCGAAGAAAAUACUCAGUGCAAGUUAUCUUUAUCACAGAUCAGAUCCAUAUAGAAGACCUGAGAGAACAACUGUGCGACUUUUAGAUAGUCUUAUCAGAUUAGCCGAAGGUCAUGCAAAACUCAUGUACCGAACUAAAGUAGAAAUUGUUGACGCUGUGACUGCAGCAGAAUUGAUUGGAACUACUAUGUCUAAUAAUUCUGAUGUCGGUUGUCCAUUUCCAACAAACCCAAUUGAAACAUAUCAUUCCAAAGCCAAAAACUUACUCAGAAGACUUAACUUACAGGAAUUAGAAGCAUAUCUAUGAAUAUUAGUCUGCAAAUGUAUCACAAUUAAAAUUAAAAAGCAAUUUAUUUAAAAUCAA